AUGGGUCCCUGUACGGCCUCCCAUUGCUGCUGUCUCCAUCGCCACACUCUGCCAUGUGCCACUUUCAGGUCUCCUCACACUGCUGGUGGGUUCCAUUUUUGUCAUAGGGUGCUGUAUGGCCUCCCAUUGCUGCUGCCUCCACCUCCACACUGUGGCUCCACACUCUGGUUUUGGCCCCGUGACUGCCCCAAAUGAGUGAAGUGUGCGGUGAUUCUAAGAUCGACGGCACUCAUCUGCAUGUCAUACUGACUGACAGUAUUAUUUCUCUUCCCAGCAGACUCCAAGGGCAUUUAAAUUAAAGGUACAGUGUUUCUGCACUAAUAUAA